AUGGUGGAUGCCUGCGAAGACGAGCAAACAGCACUGCUGAGGAAGUACGUGCUGUCCCGAAAGGGCGAACUGGAGCAAUUUGCAGAUGCCGAGGACAGCGCCUUUGGCCCGCACUCCGUGUCACCGUUUGUACCGUGUGCGCCUGGACGAAUCCCGUAUGUGCUGCAGGCAGCUCGGCUCGGGCCUGAGGACGUCCUGUGGGACUUGGGCUGUGGAGAUGGCGUGGUCCUCAUUGAGGCGGCGCGCCGCUGUGGCUGCCGCUGUGUAGGGUUGGACAUCGAUGGGCCGUGCAUUGCCACGGCAAGACAGCGUGCCAGGGAAGCCAAUGUCGAGGAGCGCUGCAAAUGGCUGCGCUGCGAUAUGCUGCAGCUUCCUCAGGGCACGCUCAGCGCACACUGCCACGAGAAUGAGGAGCUGCGAGACCUUCCUGCGGCGACGUGUGCGUUGGUGUUUCUGACUGCGCAUGGCCUGGUCAGACUGUCCAAGUGGUUGCAUGAGGAGUGGCGGGAAGGCUCUUCCAGACAGCUGCGGUUGGUGACAUGUGUGGAGUCCCUGGACUCCGCAGUUGACUUCAACGAGCCAGACGCACUUUUCGCGAAUGCGAAUGAGCUGGAAUGGCCGGUCUGCCGGGACUUGGAGCGUUGGGGCGUCUUUGUGGUGCCCCCGUUUGGGCAGGACGUCUCCACUUGGUCUGAGAGCCUGCCGCCGCUUCAGCUGACACGGGCAGAGGCUGAGGCCACACAAGCGGCUGCGCUGUCGAACGUCCUCACAGAGGAGCAAGUGGAUCUCCUGGAUGCCCUCGGUUCUAAGCUGUUGGAGUCAGAGGAUGAGACCACUGACUCCAUUGACCUCUUCGCUCACUCUGAGGUCAGCUUCCACAAAGCUGCGGAGGCAGCCCUCCACCGCCUGGGUCAGCAUCGUGUGCUGUAUCUGCACAGUGACGAGGCCACCGCGCAGCUCAGCAGCGACGAGCGCACCUUCUUGCAAACGCUCGAGGAAACGGUUUCCGCACGCAUAAGGUCAGAAGACGCAAGCCGCUGGGGCUUGCUUGGGCGACGCGCUGUUGCCCUUCGGAGCAUGGAGUACCAUGCCUACGGAGACGGUGGCUCCGUGAUGGAUCCUGAACAUCGGGAUGAUGGCUCCUUGCUGACAGUCUCAAUCCUUCUAUCGAGGAAAGACAACUUUGAGGGCGGCAUCUUCAGCACCUUCGUGGGUUCUCAAAGAGUCGAGCUUGCGAUGGGAACUGGAGAUGGAGUCUUGUUCGUAUCUGAGAAGCGGCAUAAUGUUAGCCCAGUCAUUGGCGAUCGCAGAACCCUUGUCCUUGAAUUUUGGGAAGGGAUGCGGAAUCACCAUGGCCGACACGACUGA